CCACGAUACCUUCUUGGCCCUUGCUUCGUUGAAUUUUAGUGGCGUCUGCGCCUGUUGACAAGAAAGUGAAUAGGCCCAACACUGGGGGAUCAGACAACACUAAAAACUCUAUCAUGUUCAUCUAUCGUAUUCACCGUGUGGGCUGUUAUAUUCCGUCCUAGACGUAUAUAUAUAAGACUUGACCCAACCUACCAAGUCGCCAACAAGGCCACAAGCGUCUACCUUGUAGCAUUGAUCUCCCCAUGGCUCUCUAUACUUGGGCUUCGGAUUUCCCACGUGGUGUGCUGGUUUGCCUUCUAGUUGGUCUUCUGGCCGGCUAUCUAGGCGGGCUGGUUGCAUACAGGAUCUGGUGGCACCCACUCGCCAAAUUCCCCGGACCGAAACUCGCAGCUGCAUCGAAGCUAUACGAGACCUACUACGACCUCUUCGACGGCCCAGGUGGUCAGUUCCCGGCCAAGGUGAGGGCAUUGCACCAACAGUACGGCCCCAUCGUACGGAUCACACCGGAAGAACUCGCCGUCGACGAUGUAGACUUCCACAUCAAACUCUACGCUCCACAGCCGGCGGUGCGGGACAAAUGGGCUCCUAUAACGCAGAUUCUUGGGACUACCGAGGGCACCUUUAGCACUGUUGAGCAUCAUCUCCAUCGGAAACGCAGAGUCGCCGCUAGUUCUUUCUUCUCACUGGCGAAUAUUGCGGCUGCGGAGCCAGUGCUGCACAAACAUAUCGAGAGAUGCUGUGCGUUGUUGUGGUCGCAGAAGGACAAGCCGGUGGAACUGCGAGUGCCGUUUGCUGCGUUGAUGUUCGACUCGAUGUACGAUAUGGCUUUCAACGAUCAGCUCAAUUCGCUUACAGAUCUGGACAUUGCGAAUCAGUGGGAUCUUACGACGGACGCGAUAUCGACAUUCGCACCUUGGCUCAAGUCCUUUCCCUGGUCGAUCAAACCGUUCCUGUUGCUCCCGAUGAAUAUGGUCAAGAAGCUCUCGCAUAAAGUGGCGCGUAUUCUGCAGGUGUCUCAUCGCAUCAGAGCCCGAACGCUGCGAUAUCUAGACGAGACGGAGAAGAGCGAAUACAAGGGCUCGAUCCGUCCUGCGAUCGUUGGCCGUCCCGAGACACUCUUUGAAGUACUCCAGCGCCGUAAACUGCACGACACCGAAGAUGAGCUGGAACGUCUGACACAAGAGGGAACUGAACUCUUUGCAGCUGCCGCCACACCCGUUCGUGUGCUCACUGCCGUCAUGUUCUAUCUUCUGGAUCGUCCUGAGACGCUGGCAAAGCUGCGUGAGGAGCUGGACGCUGCGUAUCCAGAUCGUAUGACGAUUCCUACUUUGAAAAGCAUGGAAAGUCUUCCAUAUCUGAUCAAUGUUGUUAAAGAAGCAUUACGAGUUGCCUUCCCCGUUGGAGGUCGUCUGCCCCUACUCUGCCGCGAGCCAAUGACAUUCGGCAACUGGAUCAUUCCGCCAGGUACACCCCUAUCCGUCAACCAUCGCAACCUCAUGCUAGAUCCCGCCGUCUUUCCCGAACCCACUCUAUUCAAACCCGAGCGCUGGUUCGACAACGACCUCCUCGCCAUUGAAGACCGCCACUACAUCCCCUGGGGCCGCGGCGGACGCUCCUGUCUCGGAAAGGACUAUGCACAAGGCCAGAUGCAGAUGGUGCUUGCGACGCUCUGCCGCCGGUAUGAGUUCGAGUUGGUGGAUACGACGUAUGAGCGAGACGUGAAGAUCUCGCGCGAGCCGUUUCUGGCACAUGCGAGUCUGGACAGUCGUGGGGUGAAGAUUAGGAUUACGGGGCUUCGGGGGUAGAUGAUUGGUGCUAGGUACUGACACAUAUGCGAUGCAAGACUGUUUAGGGAAUGGUGUCUCUCGACACGAAAGGCUUGUGGUUUCCGGCUUAUUGCUGUGGUGGUGGUGCAUAUGGCAUUUGGAGACAGCUUCUUGACGGAGUUUAUCCGAUGGUAGCGACUUAUUGUGCCAUUCAAUAUGUUGGAAAAGGCUUGAGAAGACUUCUUGCCAAUCAGCUAUCGGAAUUGAUGUCAUCAUCUUGCCUGGCACGUUUUAAUAUCUGACAAUGAGGUUCAAUAGAUCAAGGGUUUCAUGGCCAGACGUCAAAGGCGCCCCCUCCCGAGCGCCUGGUUGGGAACCGGUCCGUUUUUUACUACGCGACCGUCGCGCGACCGGUUCGGCGGGAGAGGGAACUAGGGACUAGAGCGAUGCACCCCCCUCCCCAUAUGCAUGCACAGAAAUUUAGGGCCCUAUGAUGCUUCAUAUCGACACGCUGAAAUCUUAUUGAGUCGAG